AUGAGUAUAUGGAAUUACGUAGUGACGGCUCACAAGCCCACCAAUGUCACGCAUUCUUGCGUUGGCAACUUCACUGGGCCACAGGAACUCAAUCUCAUUAUCGCGAAAUGCACCCGUAUCGAGAUACAUUUACUCACACCCCAGGGUUUGCAGCCUAUGUUGGAUGUGCCAAUAUAUGGAAGAAUUGCAACACUUGAACUUUUUCGCCCUCAUGGUGAAGCACAAGAUCUUCUGUUCAUUGCUACAGAAAGAUAUAAAUUUUGUGUACUUCAGUGGGAUCCAGAGGCAGCUGAGGUUAUUACAAGGUAA